AUGUCAGUCCUUCUCAGUCAACCACUUGAACACCAACAACAACAACCUCGUCAUCGAGAUCCAUCGUCCAUGCAUCUACUACGAGAAUGCGAUCCGUCAACAGGCCCAUGUACUCCUCCAUUGUCUCCUAACGAUCUAUCCUCUUCCACCACUACAAGCAAUGACCCCGAUUCCACCGAUCUUGCUGAUCCUUCCACGCCUCCACCUUCACGUUCCAGCACAGUCAAAAAGACAACACAAUCACCACUUACAAGCCAUAUCACUUUACAGUCGUCAAUCGAUGGCAACGAUCAUCAUCAUCAUCAUCAUCAUCUACUACCUCCAACAACAGAUCACAAUAACCAAAAACCCAGCAAGAAGGAUCAUGCGUUCGACAAGAACAGCAUCAGAGACGUUGAUGAUCCCUUAUCAAGACAACCAUCCACAUCCACAUCUUCGUCCUCUGAUCAGGUUAUAAUCCAUCGAGUCUCCACCACUGGGAACAUAGAGGAACGACAAGAGCAUGGAGGAGACAUGUUGGCACAGCAACAACACACGACAUUGCAACAUAAGAUAUCACGGCCUCCACUACGACCUGGUUACGUUGAUACGGAUGAUGAGGAUGAUGAUAGCAAACAGUUGUCAAUUGGCACGAGGAUAGCAAAAGGCCAUCGUCAUUAUACCUUGAUGUAUGACAUGUUGACAGGCAUUCGAAUUGCGGUGGGUCGAGUUUCUGCCAAACUUUGGAGAGACCUCUCUGAUCAAGACUUUCGAGCGGCGCAUAAGCUGGUGUUUGAUGUUACAGGCAAUGAAUUGACACCAGGCGUCAAGUACGAUUUCAAAUUCAAGGAUUAUGCCCCUUGGGUAUUUCGCCAUUUGCGUGAACGUUUUCGAGUAGACGCAGCGGAUUACAUGAUGUCCUUAACGAACAAGUACAUCCUAUCUGAAUUAUCAUCACCUGGCAAGAGCAAGAGCUUCUUUUAUUACUCAAGAGAUUGCCGAUUCAUUAUCAAGACCAUUCAUCACGUUGAACACCGUUUCUUGCGUCGUAUCCUAAAGCAGUACUAUAAUCAUGUAUGUGACAACCCAAACACGCUCUUGUCCCGUUUUUAUGGAUUGCAUCGCAUCAAGUUGCCACGUGGCCGCAAGAUUCACUUUAUCGUCAUGGGCAAUGUUUUUCCAGCAACCAAGGAUCUGCAUCUCGUCUUUGAUUUGAAGGGGUCAACAUUUGGAAGGUUUACACCUGAAGAACGGCUAGCAACCAAUCCCAUGACCGUGCUCAAAGAUCAAAAUUGGAUUGCACGCUCACAAAAGCUUCGACUUGGUCCUGAAAAGAGAAACCUUUUUAUCCAGCAAUUGGAGCGUGAUAUCGCACUGUUAACCGACAUGAACAUUAUGGAUUACAGCAUGCUGGUUGGCAUCCAUGAUAUGGAACGUGGGAAUGGUGAAGACCCUGAAGACCAACAUUUGCACAUAGUUAGGACCGAACAUAUGGGACCUGCUGAUGGGACUCGCCGUGAAAGCAAGGCAACGUUUGUCCGCAAUGCAUUGAAGAAUACAAAUUCACGCCUCUUGGACAAAAAGGAACUGCCAAAAAGGUUAUCGAUGGAGCGGAAGCAUUGUGUGUUUUAUGCAGACGAUGGUGGUUUCCAGGCAACCAACGAUGACAACCAAUCCGAGAACUUGAUAUACUUUGUUGGCAUCAUUGACAUACUCACGCCAUACAACAAGCUGAAAAAGACGGAGCAUCUUUGGAAAAGUAUUACUCAAGAUAAGCAUACCAUAUCUUCCGUGCCUGCUGGCGAGUACGGGGAACGCUUUAUGCAUUUUAUGAAGCACGCUGUGACACAAUAA